AAUCCAUCAGAUUCCUCCGAAAAAACAUUAUAAAAACCAUCUCAUCGACCUCUUCCUUUUCUUCAUCUGAAGCUUUUGCAGUAUUCAUUAAUAAAUAAAUAUACUGCUUUAGCUUUGGAACAAAAAAAGAAACUAGAAAAAAAAAUAAUAAUAAUGGCACGUCAAUUUGUCGUAUUAGCACUCUUGGCUCUGGCCGUGGCCACCGCAUUCGCCGCCGAUGCACCUUCAGCUGCUCCAACCAAAGCCCCCACCAAAGCCCCCACCACCCCAACCAAGGCUCCCGCAGCUGCACCCAAAUCCUCCGCCGCCGCACCUAAAGCAUCAUCCCCUGUCGCAGAGGAACCCAACCCCGAUGACGACUACUCGGCUGCCACCCCCAGUGACUCCGCCGAUGCACCCACCGUCUCCUCCCCUCCGGCUCCUACCCCCGAAGCCGAUGGACCCUCAUCCGACGGACCCACCGCCGAUUCACCCAAAGCUGGCGCCGCGACUAGUUUGAAGCUCUCCAUCGCCGGCACCGUCGCCGCCGCCGGAAUCUUCUUCUUCUCUCUCUAAGUUUCUUUUUUCUUUAAAAUUAAAAUUAAAAUUGGGGCUGAAAUCAUUAUUUGUUGUUGUGUAACAUUAUUUAUCAACUCUUUAACUAAACUAA